AUUAAUAUUUAUUUAUUAAAAGCCUAAAAUGACCAAAUUAUACUUCAACCUACUGUCCGUAAUGGUGCUGUCAAGUCUUCUGGUUGGUAGCCAGACGGCCGAGUGGCAGAUACGCUACCACAAUCCCCACUUCCCAGGCAAAUGCACCAUCAAUUCCAAACUGGUGCUCAACGCUGGAGUGACCAUCAAAGAUCCGACGCACGAAUGCCGUCAAAUUGUUUGCGGACGCGAUGGCAUGGUGGUGUUCCAAAGCUGCGGAGUGAGUGACCUGCCGAGAAGUUGUCGUUUUGGAAACUACAAAUAUCCGGAGCUGCCAUAUCCGCAGUGCUGUACCAGGGAAAGGUUUUGCUCUAAAAAGAAGGCCGAUCCAUAGAUGUCAACAGGAUGUCAUUCUAAGGUUUCUUUUCUGUAGUAUCUCCCUGAACAACUAUGCACAUACAGCCUAUCCCGGUCGGUGUGUCCUCGAUAUGGAACCAUCGUUGGUCACUCUGGAAUUGGGACAGGGCAUCAAUUUACCAAACAUUCCCUGUGUGGUGCUCUACUGCAUUGGCGAUGGCUAUGGCGCGCUCCACAAAUGUGACUAUUCGAAACCUCCACAAUCAUGCCGGUACGGAGACUUCCGGAAGUUGGAUGCUGCAUUUCCAGAUUGUUGCCAGCGCAAGAUUAUAUGCGAUUAAAAUUUGUAGUCAGUUCAAAUUGUAGUCAGCGAAAAUUUGUUAAAAGUAAUGUUAAUAAAAAAACGUACAUAAAUAC